AUAGACAGAUGGACAAUUCAACCCAAGAGGCUUCACCAACAGAUGGUCCUCUAAAGUGUGAGUCAGAACUCAAAUCUAAGCUAAAGAGGGAGCUCCGGUGUGCGUUUGAGGCGAGCGCCAAAGGAGAAAGCCCAACCCUUCUGAAUCUGAUAUACACAGAUCUCUACAUCAUAGAGGGAGGGACUGCAGAGGUCAAUGAUGAACAUGAGGUCAGACAGAUUGAAAUGGCAUCCAGGAAAUCAGACAGGCAAGAAAAAACAGUCAGACAAGACAAGAUCUUUAAAGGCUCACCUGGAAGAGAUGAAUCAAUCAGAACAGUGUUGACAAAGGGAGUGGCUGGCAUUGGGAAAACAGUCUUAACACAGAAAUACACUCUUGACUGGGCUGAAGACAAAGCCAACCAGGACAUCCAGUUCAUAUUUCUAUUCACUUUCAGAGAGCUGAAUGUGCUGAAAGAGAAAACUUUCAGUUUGGUGGAACUUGUUCAUCACUUCUUUACUGAAACCAAAGAAUCAGGAAUCUGCAGCUUUGAAGACUUCCAGGUUGUGUUCAUCUUUGAUGGUCUGGAUGAGUGUCGGCUUCCUCUGGACUUCAACAACACCAAGAUCCUGACUGACCCUAGAGAGUCCACCUCAGUUCAUGUGCUGCUGAUAAACCUAGUUAAGGGCCAUUUACUUCCCUCUGCCCAUGUCUGGAUAACCACACGGCCUGCAGCAGCCAAUCAGAUCCCUCCUCAGUUUGUUGACAUGGUGACAGAGAUCAGGGGGUUCAAUGACCGACAGAAGGAUGAAUAUUUCUGGAAGAGAUUCAGAGAUGAGGAACAGGCCAGUAUUAUAAUUUCCCACAUCUUGUUAUCAGAAAACCUCCACAUCAUGUGCCGCAUCCCAGUUUUCUGCUUGAUCACUGCUACAGUUCUGGAGUGUCUUACAAUAAAUAAUGAGAGCAGUGAUCUGCCUAAAAGCCUCACAGAGCUGUACAUCCACUUCAUGAUGGUGCAAGUCCGAUUGCAGAAGGUCAAGGAUGAGGGAUCUGAGACCGAUCCACCCUGGAGUCCAGACAGCAGGAAGAUGGUUGAGGCUCUGGGAAAACUGGCUUUUGACCAGCUGCAGAAAGGAAACCUGAUCUUCUAUGAAUCAGACCUGACAGAGUGUGGCAUCGAUAUCAGAGCAGCCUCAGUGUACUCAGGAGUGUUCACACAGAUCUUUAAAGAGGAGAGAGGACUGUACCAGGACAAGGUGUUCUGCUUCGUCCAUCUGAGUGUUCAGGAGUUUCUGGCUGCUCUUCAUGUUCAUCUGACCUUCAUCAACUCUGGAGUCAAUCUGCUGGAAGAAAAGAAAUCUUGGUCAUUUAAACUGUUUGGAAUUAAACACAAGCAAAAAGUCUUCUACCAGAGUGCUGUGAACAAAACCUUACAGAGUCCAAACGGACACCUGGACUUGUUUCUUUGUUUCCUCCUGGGUCUUUCACUGCAGACCAAUCAGACUCUUCUGCGAGGCCUGCUGACACAGACAGGAAGUAGCUCACAGACCAAUCAGGAAACAGUUCAGUACAUCAAGAAGAAGCUCAAUGAGAAUCUGUCCACAGAGAAAAGCCUCAACCUGUUUCACUGCCUAAAUGAACUGAAUGAUUGUUCUCUAGUGGAGGAGAUCCAACAGUCCCUGGGAUCAGGAAGUCUCUCUCCAGAUAAAUUAUCUCCUGCUCAGUGGUCAGCUCUAGUCUUCAUCUUACUGUCAUCAGAAAAUUAUCUGGAUGUUUUUGACCUGAAGAAAUACUCUGCUUCAGAGGAGGCUCUUCUGAGGCUGCUGCCUGUGGUCAAAGCCUCCAAAAAAGUCAUACUGAAUGACUGUCAGCUCUCAGAGAAAAGCUGUGACGCUCUGUCUUUAGUUUUUAGCUCCCAGUCCAACCGUGUGAGAGAGCUGGACCUGAGCAACAAUGACCUGAAGGAUUCAGGAGUGAAGCUUCUGUCUGUUGGAGUGAAAAAUCCACGCUGUAAACUAGAAACUCUCAGUCUGUCGGGCUGCCUGAUCACAGAGCAAGGCUGUACUUAUCUGGCCUCAGCUCUGAGCUCCAAUCCCUCCCAUUUGAAAGAGCUGAACCUAAGCUACAAUCAUCCAGGUGACUCUGGCACGAGGAUGCUAUCAGCAUUACAGAAUGAUCCACAGUGGAGACUGGAAGCUCUCAGGAUGAACAAGGAGAGCUCAGAGGUUUCCAGUGAUCAGUCUGGCCAGCAGCAUCACCACAUAAAACUUAACUCAAUAUUUAUGCUACUGGAGGAAAACAUUAUCACUUUUGCGAAGAAUGAGCUGAAGAUGAUCCAAAGAGUUCUGGUUCCAGACUACAUGGAACCAUUUGAGAGUCAGAAGAAGGAUGAGAAAGUGUUUGGGGUGACUGAACAGCAGAGAAGCAGAGAACCCUUCCUAAAGAUCGCACUGCACUUCCUGAGGACAAUGAAGCAGGAAGAGCUGGCUGACCGACUGCAGAGCAAAAUGUUUGCUCCAAUUUGUACACAUGAUCUUAAAACUUUGCUGAAGAAGAAGUUCCACUGUGUAUUUGAGGGGAUAGCUAAAGCAGGAAACCCAACCCUUCUAAAUCAGAUCUACACAGAGCUCUACAUCACAGAGGGAGGGACCGCAGAGGUCAAUGAUGAACAUGAGGUUAGACAGAUUGAAACAGCAUCCAGGAAACCAGACAGACCAGAAAGAACAAUCAAAUUUGGAGAAUUCUUUAAUGCCUCAUCUGGAAGAGAUCAAACAAACAGAAUAGUGCUGACAAAGGGAGUGGCUGGCAUUGGGAAAACAAUCUUAACUCAGAAAUUCAUUCUGGACUGGGCUGAAGACAAAGCGAACCAGGACAUCCAGUUUAUAUUUCCAUUCACUUUCAGAGAGCUGAAUGUGUUGAAAGAUAAAAAGUUCAGCUUGGUGGAACUUGUUCAUCAGUUUAUAACCACAGCUAAAGAAUCAGGAAUCUGCAGAUUUGAAGACUUCCAGGUUAUGUUCAUUCUUGAUGGUCUGGAUGAGUGUCGACUUCCUCUGGAUUUCAACAACAAUAUGAUUCUGACUGAUGUUGCAGUGUCCACAUCAGUGGAUGUCCUGCUCACAAAUCUCAUCAGAGGGAACCUGCUUCCCUCUGCUCAUCUCUGGAUAACAACACGACCUGCAGCAGCCAGUCAGAUCCCUCCUCAGUGUGUUGACAUGAUGACAGAGAUCAGAGGGUUUACUGACCCCCAGAAGGAGGAGUACUUCAGGAAGAGAUUCAAAGAUGAGGAGCAGGGAAGCAGGGUCAUCUCUCACAUCAAGACAUCACGAAGCCUCCACAUCAUGUGCCACAUCCCAGUCUUCUGCUGGAUCACUGCUACAGUUCUGGAGGAAAUGUUGAGAACCACAGAGGUGAGAAAGCUACCCAACACCCUGACUGAGAUGUACAUCCACUUCCUGGUGGUUCAGGCCAAAGUGAAGAAGGUCAAGUAUGAUGAAGGAGCUGAGACAGAUCCACACUGGAGUACAGAGAGCAGGAAGAUGGUUGAGGCUCUGGGAAAACUGGCUUUUGAGCAGCUGCAGAAAGGAAACCUGAUCUUCUAUGAAUCAGACCUGACAGAGUGUGGCAUCAAUAUCAGAGCAGCCUCAGUGUACUCAGGAGUGUUCACACAGAUCUUUAAAGAGGAGAGAGGACUGUACCAGGACAAGGUGUUCUGCUUUGUCCAUCUGAGUGUUCAGGAGUUUCUGGCUGCUCUUCAUGUCAGUCUGACCUUCAUCAACUCUGAUGUCAAUUUGCUGGAAGAAGCACAAACAAUCUCCAGUAGGUCUGAAAAAACACAUUUCUACCAGAGUGCUGUGGAUAAGGCCUUACAGAGUCCAAAUGGACACCUGGACUUGUUCCUCCGAUUCCUUGUGGGUCUUUCAAUGCCGACCAAUCAGACCCUCCUACGAGGCCUGCUGACAACAACCGAAAGAAGUUCACAGACCAAUCAGACUCUACUAGCAUCCCUGCUUAAACGGUUGAGAGGUAGUUCACAGUUCAACCAGAAAACAUAUAUCAAGAAGAAACUCAAUGAGAAUCUAUCUACAGAGAAAAGCAUCAACCUGUUCCACUGUCUAAAUGAACUGAAUGAUCAUUCUCUAGUGGAGGAAAUCAAACAGUCCCUGAGUUCAGGAAGUCUCUCUCCAGAUAAAUUAUCUCCUGCUCAGUGGUCAGCUCUGGUUUUCAUCUUACUGUCAUCCAAAAAAGACAUGGAUGUGUUUGACCUGAAGAAAUACUCUGAUUCAGAGGAGGCUCUUCUGCGGCUGCUGCCAGUGGUCAAAGCCUCCAAAAACGCUCUGCUCAGUAGCUGCAACCUGUCACAUAGAAGCUGUGAAGCUCUAUCCUCUUCUCUAAAAUUAGAAGACUGUGAACUGAGAUCUCUAGACUUGAGUAACAAUAAACUGCAGGAUUCAGGCUUGAAGGUGCUGUUGGCUGGAUUGGAAAUUCCAUACUGCAAACUGGAAACACUCAGAUUGAGCAACUGUAACCUCUCAAAGAGAAGCUGUGAAAUUCUGUCCUCAGUUCUCAGCGCUUCAUACUCUAUUCUGAGAGAGCUGGACCUGAGUGACAAUGACCUUAAGGACUCUGGAAUGAGCAUAUUGUCUUCUGGACUGGAUAAUCCACACUGUAAACUGGAAACACUCAGGCUGACAGGGUGCCUGAUCACAAAAUAUGGUUGUACCUCUCUGGUAUCAGCUGUGAAGGCCAACCGCUCCCAUCUGAGAGAGCUGGACUUGACUUACAAUCAUCCAGAAGAGGCAGGAGUAAAACUAUUAGAGCAGCUAAGACUGGAAACUCUCAGGGUGGAGCCUGCUGGAGUCCGAUGGUUGAGACCAGGUCUGAGGAAGUAUUCCUGUCAACUCGAAAUCGACACAAACACAGUACACACAAACCUUAAACUGUCUGAAGACAACAGGAAGGUGACACGUCUGGUAGAAGGUCAGCCAUACCCUGAUCAUCCAGACAGAUUUGAUUAUUGGCCUCAGCUGCUGUGCAGAGAUGGUCUAACUGGUCGUUGUUACUGGGAGGUCGAGUGUAGAGGAGGAGUUAACAUAUCAGUGAGUUACAGAGCAGUCAACAGGAGAGGAGACAGAGAACACUGUGUGUUUGGAGAGAAUGAUCAGUCCUGGAGUCUGAGCUGUUCAGAUGAUGGUUCUUAUUUUGUCUGGCACAAUAAUAUAAAAACUUCCAUCUCCUCCUCCUCCUCCUCCUCCUCCUCUGACUCUAACAGAGUAGCAGUGUAUGUGGACUGUCCUGCUGGCACUCUGUCCUUCUACAGAGUCUCCUCUGACACUCUGAUCCACCUUCACACCUUCAACACCACAUUCACUGAACCUCUUUAUCCUGGAUUUACAGUCUUGUUUCCUACUUCCUCAGUGAAUUUGUGUACGGUUUAG